UCUUAAUAAUUUUGGCAUUAUCUACCAAUUACUAUUGUCUUUGUCGUAGUCUAGCAACCGUAUCUACCUGUUAAGCACACGAUAAGACGAGUAUUACUUUGCUUACACAACAGACAACAGUUAGCAUUGUUUUCUUGACUAUAUAUGGUCAAAUCUCAAAUGUCAACCAAGUAAAAACUAAAAACCCAAUACGUACGCAAUUGUUUUGCUAGCUUGUGUUGAAUGUUGAUGUUCUCUCGAUUCAUUAAUUUUAUUAAUAUGUCUAAUCAUCUUCUCGGUUUGGUAUAUGACUUGACUAACUGCAAAUUUAAUAUUAGUUCCAUAUAUAAAUUGAUCAUCAUCGACGGUGAACACAAUACAACUCUCAACAAAUAUCUCGUAUUCAAACCAAUCCUUAAAGAAUAAUGUAUCCAUCUAACCCAAUAUCUAAGAUUAGUUACCAACUCCAACGGCUUUCACAAAUUUCCACAAAGUCUACUCUAUAAAUGAUGGAAAUAUGGAACCCAUUCUAUCACAAGAAACUCAAUUAGUUACAAGAAACCGAUUAAGUUAAACCCCAAUUACUUUUGUAGAAAAUCAAGCAAAAGAAUCCCCCAAAAUGGCUGUAUCAUUGAACAUUCUUAUCGUAGCCCUCUCCCUUAUCGCCUUCUCUCCUCUUUGUUUGAGUUCCAAAGCCUAUGGAAGUGGCGGCUAUCUCUUCCCUCAAUUCUACGACCACUCAUGUCCUAAAGCUCAAGAGAUUGUUCAGUCAAUUGUCGCCAAAGCCUUCGCACAGGAUCCUCGCAUGCCCGCCUCCUUGCUCAGACUCCAUUUCCACGAUUGUUUCGUCAAGGGAUGUGAUGCUUCCAUACUACUGGACAACAGUGGAACCAUAAUCAGCGAGAAACGAUCAAACCCUAACCGAAAUUCAGCUCGUGGUUUCGAGGUCAUCGAAGAGAUCAAACAUGCCUUAGAACAAGAGUGUCCUGAAACAGUUUCUUGUGCUGAUAUCUUGGCUCUAGCCGCUAGAGACUCAACCGUCAUUACAGGUGGACCGAGUUGGGAAGUACCUCUAGGAAGAAGAGACGCGAGAGGAGCAAGCUUGAGUGGUUCCAACAAUGACAUUCCUGCUCCCAACAACACUUUUCAAACUAUCCUCACUAAAUUCAAGCGUCAAGGCCUUAAUCUUGUCGAUCUUGUCUCCCUCUCUGGAAGUCACACCAUUGGAAACUCAAGGUGCACAAGUUUCAGGCAGAGGUUAUACAACCAGUCUGGCAACGGCAAGCCUGAUCUAACCCUAAACCAAUACUACGCCUCCGUGUUGCGUAAGCAAUGUCCAAGAUCCGGCGGUGACCAAAACCUCUUCUUCCUCGACUUGGUGACACCCUUCAAGUUCGACAACCACUACUUCAAGAACCUCAUCAUGUACAAAGGGCUAUUGAGCUCUGACGAGGUUCUGUUCACAAAGAACAGAGAGUCCAAGGAGCUGGUGGAGCUCUAUGCUGAGAAUCAAGAGGCCUUCUUUGAGCAGUUCGCGAGGUCGAUGGUGAAGAUGGGGAAUAUCUCUCCAUUGACCGGCGCGAGGGGAGAGAUCCGGAGAAUCUGUCGGAGGGUUAACCAUGCAGCUUAUUAAUCAAACCCUUAUACUAUAUAUCAUGGUUUAGUUUCAUGCAUUUGUUUGGCAUGGACGACGUGUCAUCUAUUUCUUUUGCCUUUCUUGUAUGAAUGUGUGCUCUCCCUCGAGUGUAUUUGAAGAUUUAUUUUGGUGA